AUGGCGGCAAAGAGCGGCUGGACCGAGUCAACGGAGAAUCUUGCCGUGCGCAGGAUUGAGUCCCCCGAUGCCCAGGUGGUUGGAACGACGCAGUUGUUCGAGGGAGGAGUCAUUCGAUAUGUUCCGAUGCCCACGCCGGAUCCGAAGGAUCCUUUGAACUUGCCGAACUGGAGGAAAUGGACAUCCAUCGGAGCGCUCUGCUUCUUUGGUUCCCUCGCCUUGGCUGCCGAGAUCAUCGUCGGCGCCUUGGUGCCCGUGUUCGUGCUUGAGUACUCCGGCAUCGACCCCCACAUUCUUUCACAGAUCGAUAUUAGCGCCCUGAACAAGCCGGGUGAGAUCGCCCUUGACCCCGUCAAGAUUCUCGCGGGUCUCGGUGGCCCCCCGCUGUGGCAGGUUUCCCUGCUCGCCUCGGUGCCGCUGCUCGUCAACGGUCUCAGCUCCUACAUCCUGGUGCCGCUGUCGAUCGCCAUCGGUCGCCGCCCCGUGCUGCUUCUUUCUGGCUUCCUCGCGUGGACUGGUGGUCUUUGGGCUGGUUUCUCUCAGGGCCUCCCUAGCCAUCUUGCUGCGCGUUGCUUCCAGGGAUUCGGCGCCGGUGCUGUUGAGGCUUUGAUCCCUCUCAUCAUCCAGGACAUGAUGUUCAUCCACCAGCGAAACAAGGCCAUUGCCUCCGUCGGCGCCUCUCAGGGUCUCCUGAUUGUCAGCUUGGGUAUUAUGUCUCCCAUCAUCGUCUCCCGCCUCACCUGGCGCUUCAUUUACUGGAUCACCUCCGGUGUUGGCGUGAUUGCCUGGAUCGGCCUGAUCCUUCUCGUUCCCGAGACCCGCUGGAUUCGCAGCAACGACGAACUUGCCGGAAAGGAGGUUUACCCUCUUCGCCCUGGCGAAACCCGCCCGCGCAUCGACGAGUCCGCCUUCCGCCCGCGCUCCAACUGGGACGAGUUCGGCAUCAUGAACUACGGCUACGAGUGGAAGGCUGCUAAGCAGUCUAUCUGGGACAUGCUCAAGACCACUGUCUUCCCCAACAUCAUCUGGGUCAUCAUGAUCAACUCCAUCCUCGUGUCUCUCCAGGGUGCUGCUGGUCAGGUCGGUUCGUCGAUUCUCAUCGCUGCCGGAUGGAAGUUCGAGACGCUCGGUUUCGCUGUCAUUCCUAUCGUCAUUGCAUCGCCAUUCGUCUGGUUCUUUGGCGGUUAUGUCGCAGAUUGGAUUUCCAACUUCCUUGCGAAGCGCAACGGAGGUCGUCGCGAGCCCGAGGGUCAUCUUGUCAGCUUGGUGUUCCCCCUCUUGGCCUCCAUCGUCGGACCUUUGCUGUUUGGUUACGCGGCCGAAAACAUUAGAACGCUGCCUUCGAUUGUCGUACUGGUUUCCAUCUUCUUGAUUGGUUUCGGUCUUUUGACUGCCAACACCAUCUUUGCUGUCUACUUGGUUGAGAGUUAUCCUCAAUUCGCUGGUCCCGUCUUGGUCAACGUCUCCUCCGCCCGCCUUAUCAUCGGUUUCAUCAUGUCCUUCAACGUCACCACCUGGAUUGAAGAUCUCGGAUUCCUCAAGAACUUUGGCAUCUACAGCGCUGCUCUUGCUGGCAUUUCCAUGCUGCUUCCCGUCAUGUACAAGUACGGCAAGCCGAUUCGCGCGUGGACCGCUGGCCGUCUCGAGCCCGCGAUGCCUGCAAAGGUCAUCGACGACGACGACCAGUACUGGAACAAUGACAAGCCGCAGUGGCAGGACGAGAAGCUGGGUAGGGCUAUCUGA